GAGAGAGAGAGAGAGAGAGAGAGAGAGAGGGAGACUCACACAUUGAGUGAGUGGGGAGACAGACUGAGAGUACGCCAGACUGAGCAGACUAGGCAUAUUUCGAGCGCACAUUAGGAGUGCGUAAAACCGCAGGAGCGUAAAGAAACACGGUACCCGGUGAUUGUACGUUGGAUAAUACGAGUUUUGAGUCUCGGAGUUGUCGACUUUAAUUGCGUCUGCUUACAGGGACAGCCCUUGUGAAUUCAGCAGCCGUCAGUUUUCUGAAUGGACGCGCUGGGAAGCUUCUCCGGUGACAUGGAAAUGCGCGUUAUUGAGCGUGUAGCCGGAUGCUGAGGACGCCCGAUCCGAUAAGUCAAUUUCAGCUUUCAUUUUGAGUUUUGAACUAUUUUCCCCACCCGGUGACAACAUGGAGGGUACGAGCUUUCAGCCCCAUCCCGGACUUCAACAAACUCUGAAGCAGUUUCAUCUGAGUUCCAUGCGCUCUCUCGGCGGACCGGCGGCGUUCUCCGCUCGGUGGCACCAGGACUCGUUCUUCGGUAAAGAUGGAAAAUCCGUCGAGAUGAUGCUCACCCUGCCGACUCAUACACCUCCAGUAAUGUCCGGUCCACUUUUCAUCCCGUCCGACCGCUCCACGGAGAGGUGCGAGACGGUCCUGGAGCGCGAGCCCAUCUCCUGCUUCGUAGUCGGCGGCGAGAAGCGCCUGUGCCUGCCGCAGAUCCUCAACAGCGUUCUGAGAGAUUUCUCUCUCCAGCAGAUCAACUCGGUGUGUGACGACCUGCACAUCUACUGCUCCAGGUGCACGGCGGACCAGCUGGAGAUCCUCAAAGUGGUGGGUAUCCUGCCCUUCUCGGCUCCGUCAUGCGGGCUGAUCACUCAGACGGAUGCUGAGCGCCUCUGCAACGCUCUCAUCUACGGCGGUACAUACCCUCCUCACUGCAACAAGGAGUUGGGCUCCUUGGAGUUGGAGCGAAGCGAGAAGAGCUUCAAAGUCUAUCAUGAAUGUUUCGGCCGGUGUAAAGGCUUGUUUGUCCCGGAACUGUACACCGGCCCGAGUGCCGCCUGCAUCCAGUGCAUGGAUUGCAGACUCAUGUUCCCUCCUCACAAGUUUGUGGUCCACAGUCACAAGAGACUCGAGAACCGGACGGUCCACUGGGGAUUCGACUCCGCCAACUGGCGGGUUUAUGUGCUCUUAGACCCGGACUACACCGGGAAAGAGGAGAAGAGUCACUUGGAGGAGCUGCUUAAAGAGUUAAAAUCAAAAUAUGAUCCGACGGGCAAGCGGUCCAGUAAAUCGUGCAGAUCUCCCAGCCCGGCCCCAGCCAAGAGGUCCAAAUUCGACAAAUUACAAUCUCCAUCAACUGACAAAGACAGGAAACCCGACUGGCUACAAUCCAUGUCAAAGUCUGCACACAAGGAUUUGAAACAGGUCCAAAUGAAACAGAGGCCCUCUGCUUUCCGCCCCUGGUCUCCUAAAGCAGCAGAAAAAGACAAGCCAGCUACUCAGAAUGAGGUGGAGAGGUCCUACUCAAAGACUCACGAGACUUUGGCGGCUCCCAAUUUGACACCGGCUCCCCUGGCCCCUCCGGUCCAUCCCGGGGAGAGCCACACGCCUGGCAACGGGCCAGCAGCCAUUUUCAGGCCACAGCAGGAGCUGCAUAAUGGAAACGAACAACCUGCAGUAAAACCGCCCCCCUCCAGUACCGCCAACCAACCCGAAGACAUGGACACAGAUGGAGAGAUUGAUGUGGACGACUGUGAUGAUCGUCCAGUGCCAGCUUCCCUGACUUCUCCUUCGUCAGCCUGCAGCAGCGUGUCUCAGACUCUGACCCCUCAGAGCGUUCCUCGACUUCAAGAGGGACCCGUCUGGCUGUCGGGGACCGUUUGCCCAGAGAUGGACACUGUGAGACAGAUGCUGUACGGAGGCACAGACACUAAAGAGGCCCGGGAAAAACUCCUGCAGGAGAUUAUCAAGAUAAGAGUGAAGCAGGAGGAGAAGCUGGCAGCUGCCGUGCAAGCUAAACGCAGCCUUCAGCAGGAAUUGGAGUUUGUGAGGGUGGCAAAGAAAGGCCGUCUUCGUGAGGCCAUCGAAGCCAAGCGCAACCUGCGAAAAGAGAUCGAACGCCUUCGUGUGGAUUGGGAGAGGAAGAUGAGGGACGCGGAGGAGUCUUGUGGGCGGCUGAAGAGAGAGUUGGAGAGAGAGAGACAGCUGCGAGUUUGUGACAAAGGCUGUGAAGCUGAACGUCUUCGAGUCAAGUAUUCCACUCAGAUCGAAGAGUUGCACGUGCAGCUCCAGCAGGCUGAAGCUGAUCGUGAGCAGCUGAGACAGGAGCUUCAGCUGGAGAGAGAAGCUCGGCAGAGCCUGGAGAGUGUCGUUAAAGACCUGCAAACUCAGCUGGCCCUGCAGGACGACAGCAGCCCUCCUGGAGACCCCGAGGACGCAAAUACAGACGAACACAAACAGACCACACAACACACCAACAAAUCCUAAAGUUGCACAUUCAGAACUGGAGAAAGAGACUCAAUAAAAAAGGAGCAUGGUUAAGGACUUUGUUGCACCUUCUGUUAGGGAAAAGAAAACUCAGAAAAAUGCAAAGUCAGUUUUGUAGAGGAAAUAUCUGUCAUAUAUAAUAUGAUAUGAUAUAAAUCAAUAUUAUUAUGACAAUAUAUGAAUUUUAUGAAAUGAACUGGAAAGUAGCAUGAUGUCUGAGCAUGUUGUAGAGCGUGAAAUUAAGAAAGACUUCUUCAGUGAUGACCACAUCUCUCCAGUGACGUCCGAGACACCUGACGCUGUCCAAGGAUUUUAUUUUGGUAUAAGCUAUUCUAAGAUGUGCAAAUAUAGCCACAUAACAAUACUUGAAUAUGAAGGGAAGAAACAUGUUGAGUGGAUGAUGAAACUCUUGGUGCCACAAAAUAUUGGUACACUCAAAGGUGUCAUUGCAGACCACUGGAAACAAGAGACACCAGUUUACCACUAUUUACUUUUAAUAUCGGCUUGCUUUUUAUAACUGUGUAGAGGAUGUACUUUUUAAGAAAUAUUGCUUGCGCAGCACUGUUAUUCCACAGGCAAGAAAAAAACAUCCAUAUACAAACAUGUACGCAUGUAUACCAGCUUGUCUACCUUUUGUAUUUUAUAAACCUGAAGUAUUGGAGGUUAUGUGGGCUGCUUUCAGGUCCACCACUGUUUUAUGCUUAGAUAUUUUAUGGAAGUGUUACUUUUAAAUAUUAUGAUGCAACUUUAUUUGUUGUUUGAACAUUGUUUUCCAGUAACGUUUUUUUGCAACCAAACCAUGUGAUAAAUUGCAAAUAUGCUUUCCCACAUUAGUGCAGAUAAGUCUACAAAUGCCCUCCUAAAAGAAAAAAAAUUCAAUAGCUGUCUGUUUUUGUUGAACUGCGGUACUUCUGAUUUUCUAUUGAGUAUUGUAAAAUAAUUUAUAUUCUAUAAUAAUUUGCUGCCUAUCAACAGAAAGCAUUCAUUUUUAGUCACUGGUUUUAGGGCUCUUAAAUCAACAAAUGCUGUUUAUAUGAACAACAUUUCUACAUAAUAUACAAAAUAUGGAUAUAUAUUUUUUUACUUUAAGAAAAGGAAUUGCACUUUUUAAAGAUAAGAACCUUGCAUUGUGCAUUGUACUCCCUGUUACAUUUUUCAAACACGAGUUAACGAACUUUGAAUUUAAAAACACUUUCCCUCGAGAUCCUCUGAUGUAAAUACAAUGAUAUUGUAAAUAAGAUAUGUGUCGGUAUGUUUGCUUGCUCCAGACUUAAAUUGAUUAUGAAUACUUUUUUUUGCUCUUACUUGAAACCAAAAAGAGACUAUAUUUGGAUUUGCAAAACUGCAAUUUUGUUGUUGUAUCCCUGAGUAUCAUUGCAAUCACAGGGCAUUCAGCAGAACGGAUGGACGUGUUGGUUUAAAAAAGGAGAAUGAAACCAUCAAUGGUCGUGAAUCUAUCAGUAGUUUUUCUAGGUUUGACAAACCAACAGAUUAUUAUAAUUUGUCCCUUGAUUUUGUUUAUUUGAGAAGAUCUUUAUUAUUUGAUGAAUUAUAGAGUAUAUAUUACACUACAGACCAAAAACUGAAAAAUGGAUUUGAAAUCUCUGCACCUCCAGCUCCCUCGUCAGAUAGAGUAGAAGCAACACUUUCUAUCGGUUACAUCCGUAGGUGCUCUCGUGUAUUUUAGACAAGAAACACUUUUAUGUCUUAUCAUUACUUAUGAUACCCUCGCUCAGUAUUUGUUGGGUACAGUGUAAUAGCAAUAUCCAUUUUGUUAGCUGAUGCUGUUGUAGUUUUGGUUUGGAAGUGGGGUUUCACUUGCCUCUUGUUUAAAUGUUUUCUUUUCCUUCGGAAAACUUGUAUAAUACCCAUUAAAAUCUAAAUCAAUCCUA